AUGAGGGUAGUGAAGGAUACGGACGAAGAGGUGGUGAAACGAGUCUUUCUACCCCAUCAUCCAGUUAUCAAGGAGUCGAGUACCACAACCAAAGUCAGGGUGGUGUUUGAUGCAUCCUGCAAAACAUCAACGGGCGUUUCCCUAAACGAUGCGCUAUUUGCAGGACCAAUUGUGCAGCAAGAGCUGAGAUCGAUCAUCCUACGAAGCAGGUUCCGCCAGGUUAUGGUCGUUGCAGAUGUGGAGAAAAUGUUUCGGCAGAUGUGGGUCACUCUGUUGGAUACACCACUCCAAUGCAUCCUUUGGUUUGGACCGGAUAACGAAAUUGUUACGUACGAGCUGAUUACGGUGACGUAUGGUACGAAAUCGGCACCAUUCCUAGCUACUCGUACGCUCAAACAAUUGGCAGAUGAUGAACGAGAGAGGUUUCCACUUGCUGCUCAAACCGUUUACGAGGACGUCUAUAUGGAUGAUGUGAUCACCGGUGCGGAUGAUAUUGAGUCAGCUAUCGAGCUGCCACACCAGAUCGAUGCAAUGUUGAUAAGCGGAGGAUUCAGGUUGAGGAAAUGGGCGUCAAAAGCAGCGGAAGUGUUGAAGGACAUUCCUAAGGAGGAUUUGGCUCUACCCAGUGCACAAGGGAUUGAUUGGGACCGAGACGCAGAAGUCAAAACUUUGGGACUAACCUGGCUUCCCAAUACAGAUUGCUUCAAAUUUCAAUUCACCGUUCCACCAGUCGCUGAUAAUCAACAUUUCACCAAACGAAGUGUACUAAGCAUCGUUGCAAGAUUGUUCGAUCCGUUAGGACUGCUGGGUGCAGCAAUUACGACAGCGAAGAUAUUUAUGCAGCGGCUUUGGAGUCUGGAAGAUGAGCAAAAUCAAAAACUGAACUGGGACGACCGUUUACCGAAAACGGUGGGCGAGGAGUGGCGCAAAUAUCAACAACAGCUGCCGUUGCUGAAUGACUUCAAGCAGGCCAAGCAGAACAACAUCGGAUAUAACCUCAAAAUGUCAGAGGGAUCAACACCACCGUCGAGUGAAGAUCAGAACAGCGAUAAAAAAUUGUACGCUUUGUGA